AUGUCGAAGCAUACGCUCGCAGAUGGCGCGGAGGCGCCAGAGGCUGAGCGUCCACGUUUGGAAGAACGGAUUCAUGAAAAUGGGGACCCUGAAGGGGGAAUGGGAGAGUUUGAAGACCCAUUCGAAGAUGAGAUCGAAAGUGACGGUGAAAUCGUAGACGCAAAUCCAGACGAGACAGAUAUGGAAGAGGAAGACGAGGAAUCAAAAGUGCCUACAAAGGCUUAUAUGCCGGGAACAAUGCCUUUGGAAGAAGGGCAAACACUAGUUCCCGAUCAAUCAGCGUAUGAUAUGUUGCAUCGCAUGAAUGUGACAUGGCCAUGCUUAUCGUUCGACUUUCUCCGAGACCACAUGGGCUCGCAGCGACAGACCAUGCCACAUACGGCCUAUCUCGUCGCUGGUACCCAAGCAGACACUGCGAAAAAUAAUGAGGUUCUUAUAAUGAAGGCGAGUGCGAUGCAUCGCACGUCGCAUGAUGACAACGAUGAUGAUGACGAUGAUGUGGAUGAAGAUGCCAUCCUCGAAUAUAAAACAAUUCCGCAUCUAGGAGGCGUGAAUCGUGUGCGAGCAGCGCCUACUACGACGCCGACAUCCGAGCUGGAACCAUGCUUGGAUCCCUACCCUGUAGCGACAUGGGCGGAGACGGGCAAAGUUCACAUUUGGGAUGUUCGUCCCCUAUUCAACGCACUGAAUCAACCCGGCACCAAGAUUGAUAAGAAGAAGGUCGAAUCGCCACUGUUCACAAUAAAUGCACAUCGAACUGAAGGUUUUGCCAUGGAUUGGGGCGGCCUUUUGGGCGGUGGUUCAUCUGGAAAUACUGGUCACUUGCGCUUGCUAACAGGCGAUAUGCAUAGCAAGAUCUUCCUCACAACAAGCAAUAAUACCGGGUUCACUACACAUGCUCAGCCAUUCGAGAGUCACACAUCGUCCAUUGAGGACCUGCAAUGGAGUCCAGCUGAGCCCACAGUGUUCGCUUCGUGCUCUGCAGACCGAAGCAUCCGGAUUUGGGAUGUGCGUAUAAAGUCGCACCGCUCGGCUCUUGCCGUUGAUGCGGCACAUGAUCAGGAUGUAAAUGUUAUCAGCUGGAAUCACGGUACGCAGUACUUACUCUUGUCUGGUGGUGACGACGGAGCGUUGAAUGUGUGGGAUAUGCGUGCGUUUAAACAUGGCCAGAGACCAAGUCCAGUUGCGCACUUUGAGUGGCACCAAGCGCCCAUCAGCAGCGUAGAAUGGCACCCAGAUGAAGACAGUAUAUUUGCUGCAUCGGGUCGUGAUGACCAAGUGACGUUGUGGGAUUUGGGUGUCGAACAUGAUGAAGAUGAAGAUCCGGCGCAGUUGCCGAAGGGGCCCAAUGGCGAGCCUGUGCCGAGCCAGUUGCUCUUUUGUCACCAUGGUGCCACAGAUAUCAAGGAAGUCCACUGGCACCCACAAAUCCCUGGCGUGCUGGGGACUACAUCAUCUGAUGGCUUCCACUUCUUUAAGACGAUUUCUGUGUAG